AUGAAGAAAAGCAAGGGCAAAACAACCACCACUGCUGCGAAGGAGUUCUUGUUUGAAUUUAGGGCAGGAAAACACAACUGUGUCCUCAAAGUGCCUCUACAGUUUCCUGUCCAAGUCAACAUCGGUGACCUCCAUGGGCGCCUUAUGUUGCUACAUAAAAUACCCUGCUAUGUAGAAAAUGAGCUAAAAGCCUCACUUUCCACCUUCAUAGAGAAGGAAACGAUGGUGGAUUACGACAGAGAGGCUGAACUGACUCUGCAGGGACUCACGACGGGAGACGUUGAUGUAAACCAGCUUACCAGUGCAUGGUCCAAGUCUUAUCAAGAGACUACAUUGGAGCAUGCUCAGCCUGAAGAGCCCAGCUGGGACGAGGACUUUGCAGAUGUUUACCACGAGUUGAUCCACUCUCCUGCUUCAGAGACCCUCCUCAACCUGGAGCACAACUACUUUGUUAGCAUCUCUGAGCUCAUCAGUGAGAGAGACAUGGAGAUUAAAAAGCUACAAGAAAGGCAAGCAACAGAAAUGGACAAAGUGAUGCAUGAGCUGGGAAACACAUUGAGUGACCAGGAUGUAAAUGCAGUAGCAUCUCAGCACUUCGAUGCACAACAGAUUUUGGAGAACAAGUGGACGAGUGAGCUGAAGCAGGUGACAGAAAUUCAAAAACAAGAGUAUCAAGAGUGGGUUAUCAAACUGCACCAGGAUCUGAAGAAAUCCAACAACAGCAGUCAAAUUAAUGAGGAGAUUAAGGUGCAGCCCAGCCAGCUGUCAGAGGCAGCAGAUUCUGGGACGAGGAUGUUUGAGGAGCAGCCUCAGCUGGAGGAGAGCUUCACCAUACACCUAGGAGCCCAACUGAAGACGAUGCACAACCUGCGCUUGGUUCGAGCUGACGUUCUGGACUUCUGUAAACACAGACAACACGGCAGCAGUGGAGCCAAGCUGAGGCGACUGCAGACGGCCCUUUCAGUGUACUCUUCCUCACUCUGUGGGCUGGUGCUGCUGGUCGAUAACAGGGUCAACUCCUACAGUGGCAUCAAGAGAGACUUUUCAACUGUGGCGAAGGAGUGCACAGACUUCCACUUUCACUGUUUGGAGAGGCAGCUGGAGGAGGUGCAGCAGGUGGUGCUCUACGCCAGAGCCCAACAAAGCAGCAAGCAGAAAGACCACUCUGACAGUGGCAUUCAAAAGAAUGGCGGUGAUGAUAAAAGCAAAACUGUUGAAAGAAAUCCUUCAAAUAUUUUGCCAGGUGAGUUCUACAUCUCACGGCACUCCAACUUGUCGGAGGUUCAUGUCGUCUUCCAUCUUUGUGUGGACGACAAUCUUCGUUCGGGGAACAUCACGGCCCGCGACCCUGCUAUCAUGGGUUUAAGGAACAUCCUGAAGGUCUGCUGUACGCACGAUAUCACCACAGUAACCAUCCCUCUGCUGCUGGUUCAUGACAUGUCAGAGGAGAUGACUAUACCCUGGUGUCUUAAGAGAGCUGAGCUGGUUUUUAAAUGUGUUAAAGGUUUUAUGAUGGAAAUGGCCUCAUGGGAUGGGGGGAUUUCACGCACAGUCCAGUUCCUGGUGCCAAAGAGCAUCUCGGAGGAAAUGUUCUACCAGCUGAGCAACAUGCUGCCUCAAAUCUUUCGCGUCUCCUCGACACUAACGCUCACUUCAAAGCACUGACGGGUCGAGACGAGCGGCACUACGUAUCAUCAAAUCUUUUGGACAAACAGGAUUUAAAGAGAAAUUUUGAAAUGGCAUGAAAUGAUGACAUUCUAGCACUUACAGAUGAGAACUAUUUUUUUGUACCUCCAAUGAGCCUUGUUAUUAUUGUACCCUCCAACGUUCUGCAGAAAUUUGCCAUGCUGAAAGAGGACUGGAGUUUGACUCGCUAAAGCAGCUGCUGCAAUUAUCAUUUCAAGACUCUUGGGUACAGUUCUGAUGAUAGAGUUUUAUUACAUCAGCCCUGAAUAUUAUAUAUAUAAAAGAUCUUGUAAACAAACGGGUCAUUUUUCAAACAUGAAAACAUUAUUGUC